UCUAAUGAUUAUUGUGCACAAGAACAAUGCUUUCACGGCAGGGAAUGAAUUUGGGAUCUGGGGUGGUGCUCUCUGCGUCUUAGACACAAAAAAAGGAGAUAGUCAAGGCACAAGGACAGAGAGCAGAGGGAUUCAUUCAUCACCACAUUUUUUUGCUGUGUCUCCUCUUCUGCCCAGCAGAUGUUCAGUUCUGCUCAGACAGCAAGAGAAGCACCCCAAAGGCGAGGAGGUGCAGGUUGACAGCAAAUUGGUACAGCCAUUACUCGGUGCCUGCUUCCAGACCUUUUGCCUUUACAUUUCUAUAGCCCACCCACAAAAAGCCCUGGACCAAUAAUAGAAAAGACACAAAAUCAUCAUGGACACAGACUCUGUCCACUCUGGCCACUCUCAGCACUCACGGGGGUCAAAUAGACACAGUGAUCGCAGUAAAGACCGACACAAACCACGAAGUCAUGAUGACAGCAAUCGCUCCGACAAAAACAUCACCAUCAGCAGCCUGUCUGCACAGACAGGAGUGACAGAACAGACCCCGGCUAGCACAGAGCCUCAGGAUGAUAACUGGGCCGAGACCACCACCGCGGUAACCGGUACCUCAGACCACAGUCUCUCUCAGGAGGAGCUGGCCAGUUUUGGGAAGGAGACAGUAGGUAGCGUGCAUAAACAGAGCUUUGUGCGUUUGCUGCCCUUGGCCCUGACACUGCUCCUUGGACUGGUGGUCCUUAUCACACCGUUAGCCUUUGUGGUGUUGCCACAGCUGCUGUGGACUGAGCGUGUGCAGUCAUGUGGGACAGCCUGUGAGGGCCUCUUCCUUUCAUUGGCCUUUAAACUGCUGAUUCUAAUGCUGGCUGGCUGGGCCCUGUUCCUGCGUCCACCACGGUCCACCCUGCCUCGUCUGGCUGUUUACAGAGCACUGCUCGCUGUACUUACCCUGCUGCUCCUGCUCUCCUACUGGCUCUUCUAUGGUGUGCGCAUCCUGGACACACAGGAUAAAAAUGAUCAGGGUAUAGUGCAGUUUGCCGUAUCGCUGGUCGACACUCUGCUGUUUACACAUUACCUGGCUGUGGUGCUAUUGGAGGUGCGGCAGCUGCAGCCAUGCUUUUCUCUGUGUGUCACACGCUCGACCGAUGGAGAGACACGGCACUACAACCUGGGCCAGCUCAGUAUUCAGAGGGCAGCUCUGGUGGUCCUGGAGCACUACUAUAAGGAUUUCUCAGUACACAACGCCGCGCUGCUAACUGCUGCUAAAACCCGGACAGCCAAACACCUGGCUGCCCUAAAGGUCUACAAUGUGGAUGGUCCUGGCAGUGACGGUGCAGCGAGUCAGUCUCGAGCCAAGAUAAAUGCUGCGGCCAGGCACAAAGACACCAGCCACACUGAGCUUUACUAUGAAGAGGCUGAUUAUGAGAGAAGAGUGCGCAAACGCAAAGCGCGGCUGGUGGUGGCAGUAGAGGAGGCGUUUACACACGUGCGUCGGUUGCAGGAAGAGGAAAAAAAGAAGCCGCCAGGAGACAUGAUGGAGGCACGUGAGGCAGCGCAGGCCAUUUUUCCCUCUAUGGCACGUGCGCUACAGAAAUAUCUGCGCACAACUCGUCAGCAGCACUGCCACAGCAUGGACAGCAUCCAGAGCCAUCUCGCGUUCUGUAUUACCAACAACAUGAGUCCAAAGGCAUUUCUAGAGAGCUACCUGACACCUAGUCCCACUCUGCAGUACAACAGUGAGUGCUGGCGAGCUCUGCAGUGGACGCUGGUCAGCGAGGCGUCUGUCACCAGCCCACUGCGUCAUGGAACCGAGUUCCAGCUCAAAAACAGCCACUUCUGUCUGGUGGUCAGCAGCAAGGCCAUCCCUCAGCUCAGAAUCAGUGAGGAGUACGUUCACCCAAAAUCACACAAGUUCGUGCUACAAGUGCAGUCCGAGACCUCCGUCUGACCCUCCGCUGUGUCCAUCGCUUUUUAUAUACACAAAAAACUCAGAAACCGUGUUUCUGUUCUUGCUUUUUCUUUAGAAAUCACGUUUCUCAUAUUGGACAUAUUUUGAUACGCAGCAGUGUCUUUUUUUUUUAAAUGAAAAGUAUUUAUGUACAGGACAGAUACUUGUAUUUGCAAGUGGGAGAGUGUGUAUUAUGUGUGUAGGUAUGUGUGCUGUGCAGUGUUCAAGAAAUAAAAAGCUGCUGUUUAUUAAUGGAGUGAGCAAGCUGAACUGUAAUACCAGAACUGUGAUCAUUAGGAAGUGUUGUCUUGUCAUGUAACUUGCCUGCCAAUUAAACUAAAUAUAUACGAAGGAAGGAGGACAGAGAAACAUUACCCAAAGUUAAAUGAACGUUUUAAACACAUUUCUGAAGUAAUGGAUGGCAUUUGGCAGACACCCUUAUCCAGAGCGACUUAUGUUUGUCUCAUUCAUACUCAAACUGAGUAGCGGAAUGGUUAGGGGCCUUGGUCAGGGGCCCAGGAGUGAGAGAUAAGUGAGGCUGGGAUUCAAACUCAUGACCUUCUGAUCAAAAAUUGAAUGUCUCAACCACUAAGCUACCACUCUCCAGUAACUCUCCAGUUUUUGAUGUAGAAGAUGAGACAGUGUUAUCUAAGUGCACAAAAAUUGUUCUAGUGCACAAAUUUCUCAUUCUCAAUUUAAUAGUUGUGGUAAAAACACAAACUAUAUAGGACACACAAGCCCAGGAAUGCUGCCUAUACCUUUUUUUGAUAAACCAUAUAAAUUCAGAGGGCUUAACACCUUUUCACCAGGUUCAUUAAUGCAGCAAAAAAAAACUACCUAUAACUUUUUUACAGCCCAUAAAAACUCUUUUAUACAUGUAUUUAUAGGACUUUACAUUUGUUUUGUUGCCUGUGUCCUCUGUGUGUGACGAUAUAUGAUGAAUCCCUGUCAACUUGACCUGUUUGUGGUUACCUAUUAGUCGAGUUUGACAGCCAUCACCUUCUUCUGCCAAUUUCUAUAACGACAAGAAACUUUUUAAAAUCACAGUCAUCCAGUGUAUUUUAUAUUGUUUACAUUAAUAUUUUUUUUUGUGUACAUACUUUAUGUCUGUGUGAAUCUUAUUUAUGAGUAUACGUACAAACAUCUAAUGUAUCUUAGCAUGUAAAUAUUCACCUAACGGUAUUCAUAUUUUUCCUGCUAUUGUAGGCCUUUUCCUUGUUGUUUUCUUCUGAGAUCAUGAAGUUUAGCUCCUUCCAGAUCUUACCUUUUUUUUUUGUCUUUUUUUCAUAUACAUUUGCUCUUAAAAAAAUAACUUCCUCGUUUCUAAUAAAACUUUGUCUUCAUGAGACAAUAAUCAGAUUUCCUGUUA